UAUGAUCAGCCAGCGGGCCGCAGGGGGCAAGCACAACAGUAGCUCCCAGCUGGGCACUGGCAGAGGGACCCUACGGCUGCGGGCCAAGGGACCGGCCACCGUGGAGGAGCAGCUGUCUGCGUUUGAGGAGAGGGCGAUUGAGAAGGUGGACGACCUGCUGGAGAGCUACAUGGGCAUCCGCGACACGGAGCUGGCUGCCACCAUGGUAGAGCUGGGGAAGGACAAGCGGAACCCCGACGAGUUCGCGGAGGCGCUGGAUGAGCGGCUGGGUGACUUCGCCUUCCCCGACGAGUUCGUCUUUGAUGUGUGGGGCGCCAUCGGGGAUGCCAAAGUUGGGCGCUACUAGGACUCUGCGGGACUGCCCUGCUCUGCCCAUCCUGGAUGUGCUGUGCCCUUGGGCUGGGCAAGGGAGUGCUGGGUUGCUGCCCUCAUGUGGACCAGGGGGUAGGGGAUACACCACGGGCCCGGCUCUGUGCCUGGCUCCAGCACUGCUCUGGCAAAAACUCCAGCUC